AGAAGUAUUACAAGCUGUUCAAGGACCAGAAGUAUUACAAGCUGUUCAAGCAUCAACAUUAGAUUCAGAGGAGGGCAGUGUUCAAUCACUUGAAAAAGAGGUAAUAUCAGAAAAUGUUCCAGAAGCAAAAACUGUUACAGAUGAACCCAAAAAGACAGCAGAGCAUUUCACUGAAGUCAGUGUCGAGCCAGAAAACAAAGAACUGCCAGCGAAUGCGAUCAAAACUGUUCAAGAACCAGAGGUAUUAGAGUCUGUUCAAGCACCAACAUCAGAUUCAUCGGAUGGCAGUGUUCAAUCGCUUGAAAAAGAGGUAAUAUCAGAGGAUGUUCCAGAAGCAAAAACUGUUACAGACGAACCCAAAGAUGAGACAAUGACUCCCAUUGAAGUCAAUCUUGAGCCAGUGGAUGCUUCCAAAACUGAACAUGUUCAAGAACCAGAAGUAUUACAAGCUGUUCAAGGACCAGAAGUAUUACAAGCUGUUCAAGCAUCAACAUUAGAUUCAGAGGAGGGCAGUGUUCAAUCACUUGAAAAAGAGGUAAUAUCAGAGGAUGUUCCAGAAGCAGAAACUGUUACAGAUGAACCCAAAAAGACAGCAGAGCAUCUCGCUGAAGUCAGUGUUGAGCCAGAAAACAAAGAACUGCCAACGAAUGCUAUCAAAACUGUUCAAGAACCAGAAGUAUUAGAGUCUGUUCAAGCACCAACAUUAGAUUCAGAGGAGGGCAGUGUUCAAUUGCUUGAAAAAGAGGUAAUAUCAGAGGAUGUUCCAGAAGCAAAAACUGUUACAGACGAACCCAAAGAUGAGACAAUGCCUCCCGUUGUAGUCAAUAUUGAGCCAGUGGAUGCUUCCAAAACUGAACAUGUUCAAGAACCAGAAGUAUUACAAGCUGUUCAAGGACCAGAAGUAUUACAAGCUGUUCAAGGACCAGAAGUAUUACAAGCUGUUCAAGCAUCAACAUCAGAUUCAUCGGAGGGCGGUGUUCAAUCACUUGAAAAGGAGGCAAUAUCAGAGAACGUUCCAGAAGCAGAAACUGUUACAGAUGUACCCAAAGAGGAAACAAUACCUCUGAAUGAAGCCAAACUUGAGCCAGUGGAUGCAUCCAAAACUGAAUGUGUUCAAGAACCACAAGUAUUACAGUCUGUUCAAGCACCAACAUUAGAUUCAGUGGAGGGCAGUGUUCAAUCGCUUGAAAAAGAGGUAAUAUCAGAGCAUGUUCCAGAAGCAGAAACCGUUACAGAUGAACCCAAAGAGGAAACAACACCUCUCACUGGAGCCAAUCUUGAGCCAGUGGAUGCUUCCCAAACUGAACAUGUUCAAGAACCAGAAAACAAAGAACUACCAGCGAAUGCUGUCAAAACUGUUCAAGAACCAAAAAUAUUAGAGUCUAUUCAAGCACCAACAUCAGAUUCAGCGGAAGGCAGUGUUCAAUCACCAAAAGAGGAAGUCAAAUCUGAGGACACUCAACCGGCAGAAAUCAUUACAGAUGAACCCAAAGAGGAGACGAUACCUCUCACUGGAGCCAAUCUUGAGCCAGUGGAUACUUCCAAAGAGCCAGAAGUAUUAGAAACUGUUCAAGCACCCACAUUAGAGUCAGAGGAGGGCAGUGUUCAAUCACUUGAAAAAGAGGUAAUAUCAGAGGAUGUUCCAGAAGCACAAACUAUUGCCGAUGAACCCAAAGAGGAGAUGACACCUCCCAUUAAAGUUAAUUUUGAGCCAGAAGAAGCUACCAAAACUGAACAUGUUAAAGAACCAGAAGUAUUAGAAGCUGUACAAGCAGCCACAGUAGAUUCAGAGGUGGGUAGCCUUCAAUCACUUGAAAAGGAAGUCAUAUCAGAGGAUAUUCCAGCAGUGGAAAAAGUUACAGAUGAGCCCAAACAGGAAACUGAAGUUGAUCCAGAAGAAAAACUACCAGUAGAAGCUGCCAAUGUUGGACACGUUCAAGAACCAGAAGUAUUAGAAGCUGCACAAGCAGCCACAGUAGAUUCAGAGGUGGGCAGCCUUCAAUCACUUGAAAAGGAAGUCAUAUCAGAGGAUAUUCCAGCAGUGGAAAAAGUUACAGAUGAACCCAAACAGGAAACUGAAGUUGAUCCAGAAGAAAAACUACCAGUAAAAGCUACCAAAACUGAACAUCAAGAACCAGAAGCAUUACCAUCUGACGUAAAAGAUAUUGUAAUGGAAACCAAAACUGAUGAAGAGACAUCGAUGUCUGUGAAUGUAGUCACAGAAAGUAUUGAGGGAGGUAGUGCUCAGGAACUUGUAAAGCAAAUAUUGUCAGAAGACGUUCCUAAACCAGAUGUUGACAAUGUCGUUGCUUCAGUUACAGAUGGACUUGAGAGUGAAGUUGUGGCACAACUGGAUCCCUCUUUAGAGAUAGCAGAGGAUCAGAAAACAGAGAGUAUCCCACAAGAUGUUAGGGUUGAGCAGGAAGACCGCAUACCUGAAGUCGUAGAGGAGUUACAAAUAUUAACAACGGUUUGUGUAUCCUCUGUUAAUGAGGAAGCAAGUAAUGUUCAGGUCCUAGAAAAGACUGUAUUUACUGGAGAAACCCCAGCACCUUGUGUAGACAAUGCUGCAGUUACAAAAGGACCCGAACGUGAAGUGCAUCUAAGUGCAGUGCAAGUCAGUGUUGAGGCACAAAAAGAGAGUGAACUUCCGGGCACUGAGGUAAAGACUGCUGCAGUUGAGCAUGCUAUAGUGACGCAAGUAGUCAUAUGUAAUGUCAAAGAUCUCUCAGCUGCAAUAUCUGAUGUUUUGAUAAAGAAAACAUCACCCAGUACCGAACCCUGGAUCGAUAGAGUGGCAAGUGAGCUAGUGGUCAUAGAGGAAGUCGAGACUGCCAAACCAUUAGUGAAAGAUGAUGUGUCUGAGACAGCAAAGGAAGGCAGCGUGGUUAUGAUGAUGCAUGUGCCAUCAGUAGAGUUUGAGGACAAUCACAGAAUUCAAUUGCAGGUGGUUGCUGACGAUAUAAAAUCAGCUGAGACAAUUGUGGACACAUUGCUAGAGGUAGGGGUAACAGAAGCCAAAGAAGUCAUAGAUGUUUGUAAUGAAACGGUUAAAAAGGUAGCCAAUCUCUCCGCAACUCCAGAGAUUGAAGAGGAAUUAAUUAAUGAGGAAAACAAGGUGACCGUUCAAGAAGUUAUUCAAAAUGUAAAGGAAAACUUACCAGAGACGGUACCUGAAUCAGUGGUUGUCAACUUGGAACAAGAAGGUAUAAAACAGCCAGAUGCCGUGACAGAAGUGAGUGAGAUGGUUGAAAGUGAAUCAAAAGUAGUGGAGGAUCAAAAAACGAUGGAGGAGAGUAUUGCAACACUCAGGGAAAGACAAGAUGAAGCGCCUACUGUCAUCAGUGAGGUCUCUUCAACUCAACAGCGAGUGUCUGAGGAUCUCAUGCAAACACCUGAUAGGCCAGGAAGUUUAGAUGUCUCUAUCCAAGAUCAAAAAGACGAUUUGGAGGAAACUGAACGGGAUAAACCAGAAGCAGGUAUCGCAGUAGGAGAGGUAAAAUCAAAUCAAAUAAUUCAUGAAGGAGCACGAAUUAUCCAAAGUCCGAUUGUACCACCUAGUAACACUGAAUUAGUCGCCCCCCAAAAUACUGGGAUAAUCUCGUCAACAGGUAAUGUUGAGUCCCUUUCAAGUCUUUCCAUUCCACAGUUUGGGCAAGCAAAUGCACUAGCUUCCCCACCAAUAACAACAGAGAUAUUUGAACCUGUGAAAAAGACAGACGUGUCCGAGGUUGAAGUUCAGGCAGUGGAGGUAGUAAAACCCGUAAAGCCAACCAAACAGAUAGAGCUAACGGAGAUCGCUGUUCAGGCCACAGAAACCACAGAACCAGCGCAAAACUUCAAUUCAACGGAAAGAGCCGUGAUUAUGGCUCAACCUGUACUGCUGGAUAUCAACAUCCAAGCGAUGGAGACAGUAGAACCAGUAGAACAAAUCAACUCAACAGAGAGAGUAACCUCCAGUGUCCAGGCAACAGAAACAAUACAACCAGUAAGGCAAACAGAGAAAAGAGAAGUGAUUUUGAGUCCGCCAGUUCUCUCUGAGGAUUGUGACCAAGAAACAAAAGCAGAAGAGCCUGUUAAACGAAAAGAGGAGGACAAGGAUGUAUGGAUGGAUGCUGAGGAAGACAUUUAUACUCAAGAGAAAACAGAGAUGUCCCUUCUCGAGGUGGAGGAAUCUGUUGAACCUCAGACAGAAAGCGAGCAAAAGGAAAAGGCAGGACAAGAGGUUGAAAUGGCUCCUAAAUCCAAGAAUGAGGAAGAAGAAAGUCAACAGGAAAUGUACAAAACAGCAAGAACAAGUGAAAUUGAUAGUGACGGGGAAGAUUUUGCUGUUGCACUUGAGCAUCCUGAAAUGGAAACUGUGAGUGUCAUGACAAUGGAGUGCAAUUAAUUUCACUCAACUUCAGUGUCACUAAACGGAAGUCACUCAAGUUUGUAAGAAGUUUUCAAAAUGCCAUGAAAGAGUAGCACGGACAGUGGUGGAAGAGAAGACACUACAGGAAACAGCAUUUUGCUGCAUUUAUUUGACAUUAUAUUUAACCAAUAUUUACUGGUGAAACUUGUCUAGAUUUGUUAGAUUAUUUCAUUAUUAUUAUUAUUAUUAUAAAGUGUGUGAUUAAUGAGAGAACUGGCAAGAGAAAAUCAUCAACUGGAAAAGUGCUAGGCUUGGCUCAGGGGGCAUGCAGUGUGAACUACAUCUAUUAUGCAAUGGCGUCUUUCAAUAAAUCUAAGUUGUUUGCUCUAUAGUGCAAUUUUUCGGGUCAUGUCAGGUCUUUUUAAUUAUUAAUCAUGUUUUUGCAAAGAUCUAUCUCAAUUUUAUUUUAGAUGAAUGUAUAUGUCUAAGAGAAAAGACAUUUUUAUGCAUCAAAUACAUUUGUGUAAGCAUUAAAAACCAUUAAUUCAUAAUGUGUGUGACCCAGGCACAGGACAAAUGUUAAUUUCUUUUGACAGAAAAAGAAUGCUAUUAGUAUAUAUAGAUAUUUCACAGCCUUUACUAUGUAUGUGUUCAUAAAAUGUUUUGUCUUUCAGCUUUGGUUUAAUCAUCCCACUUAAAUACAUGUUCCAAUGGGAUCUAUGCGGGUAAAGACAAAAGGCAGAAGUGAUCAUACUACUUUAACUGUAUAGUAGUCUUGUACAUAAUGACUGUUUUAAUGCUUAGCAUCAUGCAGCAGAAAUGUGCUCAUUUUGAAUCUACAAGAAUUUCUACUGCGACUAGUUUUAUGAUAAGAGCAUGAUGGGAGCAUGGCGCAUCUUUGUUUUUAAAAAAGUAAUAAUUUACAGAGUUUAUUUGAUUUGAAGUUAAAUUUAUCUUCAUAUACAUAUUUAUCAUUAAUUCAAUUAUAAUCAGCAAAGCCUUAAACAAAGAUGGCAGCUUUACUCGUCCCAUUUUAUUUCCCAGCUGAUGUGUGUGGGCCUCAGUGAUCUAAAGGUGAUGACGGGCUGUUGUGUCAGCUGUUUGUCUCCACAUAUACCGACAUUUAUGAAACAAUUCUUGCUGAUCUGUGAUGCAAAUGCAAAUCAUAAACCUAAGUUACAUGUGUUUAUAUGUUUUACAUAUAUAUUUACCAGUGUUUUAUGAAUAUUAUUUUAUUUGAAUAAAUUCAUACCUGGAUAUUUGAAGUA